CCUUAACAAAGUCUAGGGAAGACAUAGCAGAGACAAGGUGAAUAGAGUGCUCUAAUAGCACAUUCAAGACCUUAUAUCUUCUUUCGCCUUCCUUGCCUUGGUCAGAAUACUCACUGAGAAGUCGGUCAAAGUGACUUACUCGCACCUUCUAUAUCUGUACAGACAUGGGCACUGGAAAGAUGGACACAAUACAUUUUCUCUGUUUCUUCAUCUUCGCCUUGGCAUUCAUCAAAAGCAGCCAAUCUCUGAACAGCACUGAUUGUGGUGCAGGAUACAGACGUCCAGAGUACACUGACAUCUCUGUGGAAUGUGGGACCACCACCAUCGACCUGGCUAUCCUCGUCUGCCCAGUCAUAUACACCGGCUACAAUGAAUCGCUGUUGGUAAUGAACAAUGUCCAGAAUAAUCCAGACUGCAAGGGGACCCUGGAUUCCACUGCAAACCCCCCAGUUGUGCGGUUCAAAUUCCCACUGAACCAGACCAAUGCCUGUGGCAGCUUCUUCAGAACGACCAGCGCGGCUGGCACUGGGAUAUUUUCAGAUUUCUCCAACAUCCAGACGGUCAACAUCAGUGGUGUAAUUCGGUCAAAUGAUCCCACCAUCGGUAUCGUCACCUACAAUGCAGAACUGAAGUAUUUCUACUCUUGCGCCUACCCUCUGGAGUACCUGGUCAACAACACGCAGAUUGAUGUGUCGGCAUCCUCCAUCGCGGUGAAAGACAACAAUGGGAGCUUCAUCAGCACACUGAGCCUCGAGCUGUUCAGCGAUCCAGGAUACACCUUACCAAUGACCAUUCCUCCCUUGGGAAUUGAGCUGAGGACCAAUAUCUAUGUGCAAGUCAAGGCGACAAACUUGACCUCCGAAUACAAUGUGCUUCUGGACCGAUGCUAUGCAUCCACAUCUGUAUACCCCACCAACUCAACCUUUUUCAACCUCUUUGUCUCAUGCUCGAGAGACCAGAUGACAACGAUGAGUGUGAACGGAGAGAGUCAAAGUGCUCGGUUCUCAUUCCCAGCCUUCCGUUUCCUCGAGCAGCAGAAUGAGACUGUCUCCACCUACUACCUGCAUUGCAUCACCAGACUGUGUGAGAGGAGUACCUGCUCUUCGUUCAAGCAAUGUAACAGGAAGAAGAGAGAGGCGGAUUCAACUGGCAUUACAAACGGCUUGUCCGACUCCAAAACCAUCAGUGGAGGGCCAAUCAUCACCAAAUCAGACAGUAUUCAAACAUCGAAAGAAGAAGUGCUGUCUGAGUCCAACAACGCUGAAGCCUCCGUUGGUCUGGGCGUGGCUGUCGGCAUUCUGGCCCUCGCCUGCAUCGUUAUGGUCGGCAUGGGAUUCUUCUUCUACCGGAGACUGCACCCUGGCACCUCCAAAGUCUUCCACAGCUAAGCAGCGAGCAGGACAGGACCUGAUUCUUCAUGGUAACUUGAGGUUAUCUCCUUCAGAGUGGCGUUUUAAGAAGUUUUUUAGCGUGGCUAUAUUACAGCACUGGUGAAGGACUGAGCGCAAGCUCAUAAUUGCUACUGUUUAUGUUUCUCAUAGCUAUUCAUGCUUAAUAGCAACAUUGUUGUUAGCGAUAUGUGAUAGAUCCUUGUUAUAAUCGUAGCAAGAUGUAUGUGUAUAUAUUAAAGUGCAUAAGUGAAAAGCAAGACUAUCUUAAGGCAACUUACUCAAACAACAACCUGCAUUUGUUGUUACAGUUCUUUACACCUGCAGGAAAACUAAUCUAUUAAUGUAUAGCAAUGCUUUGCAAGAUUAGACUUAAAAGACAAAAAACUGGCCAAAUGUAGAUUGUAUCACCAGAAUGCUUACAGCCCUCAACUUCCAUUUCGAUAAUUUCGAGAACAUGUAUCAGAUAUUUUACUGAAUUUGAACCAAAGCCAUCCAACUAAAGAGAUUAUAUUUUAAAACAAGAGUGUCUGUGUUUGUUAAAACAAGAAAAAAAAAAUGAAAUUACCUAGAUACACCCAAAAUACCUAUGUGUGAAAGUAUGUGGUGUUAUGAAAGUGAAAACAUUUUGUUUAGCAAGACACUGUUGUACCCUCUUAAGUAUUAUUUUUUUGUUAUUUAUUAAUCUUAAUACAACAAAAAAAAUUGGAUUUAGAAGAGUUAUUCUUUGACAGCCAUUCAUAUAAAAGUAAAAUAGAACACUGGUGUCUAUCCACCCCUCAUCAAAAAUAUGCACUUUCAACUUUGCCCCAUUAUAAAUCCACACUUUCAAAAAAAGGGACAGAGUAUUUACUAAAUUAUUUGUUUCGUUAUGUUUUAAUAUUCAUAUAUUAUUUAUAUUAUAUAUGGAAGUAAGAGCCAUUCAAGUGUGGUUAAAGACAGAAGUAAAGAUAACAUUCCUUGUGGUUUAAUAUUUAUAAAAGACCCAUGUUCUGGAAACUGUUUGUAAAAGCUUUGUUUUUAUUUCAGUUACAAAUGAUUUUAUGUACAUCAGAUGUAUAUACUUGUGUCAUUUAUUCAUAAAUGCAUACACCAUUACUAUUAAAGCUUCCAGGAACAAGAA